AUGAUAAAACAAAAGUCCACAGGUAGAAGUUACAAAGUUGUCUUUCUUGGAGAAAACAAAGUUGGCAAGACAUCAAUAAUAACACGAUACUUCUAUAAUACCUUCUCAGAAAAGACUGAAGUUACUGUCUGUGACUUUUGCAAAUAUAAGACCAUUCAGACGAAAAAUGGAUCUAUUGAACUGGCAGUUUGGGACACAGCCGGCUAAGAGAAAUAUCAUGCCUUGGCACCUAUUUAUUAUAGAAAAGCGGAUGCUGCAAUAAUAGUAUAUAAUAUUACAGUCCAACAAACAUUUCAGAAUGUUCGUUUAUGGAUUCAAGAAUUAUAGUAAUUUUCGCAAAAUGCCAAUAUUAUACCAGUUAUAGUGGGAAACAAAGAUGAUUUGCACAUGCAUAGAGCUGUAGAAUAGUCAUAGGUUGAUGAAUUGUGUAAUCAAUAUAAUGCAAAGCAUUUUUAGGUUUCAGCUAAAUCUGAUAAGGGAAUAACAGAAAUCUUUGAUUAUAUUGCAGAUGGUAAAUAAACAUAUGUUAGGUUAGAGUUGAUAAAGUCUGUAAAAUAACCAAAUGAAACGACUAAUUUUUAGGAAGGAAACAAGAAAUAGACAUAAAAGGAGGGCGGAAGAUAUUGCUGA